AUUAAUGGACCCAUCCGCCGGCUAAGGCAUCAUGACCCUUACCCCACCCCCCGUUUUGCCGGCCAUACCCAUCAAAAUCCCUUUUAUUUCUUCCUUAUAUUUCCUCCCAUCCUCCCCCAUACAAACACUAGUCUCUCGCUCUCUCCCGUGCCCGCCAAUUCAUCAGUGUUAUCUUUUAUUUAUUACUGUAAUAUUGUUUCAACCAUGCAACAGUGUGUGGACGAACUUUCUGACGACGUCGACGCCCUUAGCUUCGAGUCGUCCAGCACCGGCACCGACUUGAAGCCCCAUACUGCACCUUCCGGCGACCCACGUUGGGACGCCAUCCGCCGCGGCCACGACCAGUCCCUGGCGGCCGCCUUCGCCAUCGGUGACUUCCGGUUCCUCCGGCGGCUGGGAAGCGGUGAUAUUGGCAGCGUCUACCUAGCGGAGCUGAAGUGCGCCAGCGGGUGCCUGUUUGCGGCCAAAGUGAUGGACAAAGAAGAACUGGCGAGCAGGAAUAAGGAAGGGAGAGCGGGGGUAGAGAGGGAAAUACUGGAAUUGUUGGACCAUCCAUUUUUGCCCACUCUCUAUGCCACCGUCGACUCUCCCCGGUGGUCUUGCUUGCUCACGGAGUUCUGCCCCGGCGGCGACCUCCAUGUUCUCCGGCAACGCCAGCCCCUCAAAAGAUUCGACGAAGCCGCCGUCCGGUUCUACGCAUCAGAAGUGGUGGCCGCGCUUGAGUAUCUCCAUAUGAUGGGCAUUGUGUACCGUGAUUUAAAGCCCGAGAACGUUCUCAUCCGAUCUGACGGCCAUAUCAUGCUCACCGAUUUCGAUCUCUCCCUCAGAUGCCACACCUUUGCAUCAACCACAUCCACUGGCUACAACCUCCAUGCAGCAUUCGCCAAUUCCUCUUGCAUUUUGCCUAAUUGCAUUGUGCCGGCCGUGUCAUGCUUUCAGUAUCCGAGGAGCAAGCAUCGGAGGCGUCGCCGGGACAGACUCUGCUCUGGCGGUGCGAUGGUGGAGAUCGUGGCGGAGCCGGUGGAAGCUCGAUCCAUGUCUUUUGUCGGGACGCAUGAGUACUUGGCACCAGAGAUUGUGGCGGGGGAAGGGCACGGCAAUGCAGUGGACUGGUGGACGUUAGGGGUAUUUAUGUUUGAGCUGUGGUACGGUGUGACGCCAUUUAAGGGCGGGGAUCACGACCUAACCCUAGCUAACAUUGUGGCUAGGGCGCUGGAGUUCCCAAAAGAGCCGGCGGUCACGACGCCGGCGAAGGAUUUGAUGACGCAGCUGAUGGCGAAGGAUCCGACGAAGCGGCUAGGAUCCGCCACUGGAGCCACCGCCAUCAAACGCCAUCCAUUCUUUGCUGGCGUGAAUUGGGCGCUGCUGCGAUGUACAGCUCCACCUUUCCUUCCUGGCGCUGCCGACUUUGACAUUGAUGCUGCUUCGGUCGAGUAUUACUAGUUUCAAAACCACCCUUGCUAAUUUUUUGUGUAAUUUGUUACUAAAAGACACUUGGGGCAAAUAAUUGAUAAUUAGAAAAUUAUUAUUAUUCA